GAACUGAAACAUCUUAUCCUGGAGGCUGCAGAUGGGUUCCUGUUUGUAGUUGCAGCUGAAACGGGGAGAGUGAUCUAUGUGUCAGAUUCUGUGACUCCUGUGCUGAACCAGCCCCAGUCCGAGUGGUUUGGCAGCACCCUCUAUGAGCAGGUUCAUCCGGAUGAUGUGGAGAAGCUGCGGGAGCAACUGUGCACGUCUGAAAACUCCAUGACAGGACGAAUACUGGACUUGAAGACUGGCACAGUAAAGAAGGAGGGUCAGCAGUCCUCAAUGAGAAUGUGCAUGGGAUCGAGGCGCUCUUUCAUUUGCAGAAUGAGGUGUGGAAAUGCUCCCCUGGAUCAUUUACCUCUGAACAGAAUAACCACCAUGAGAAAAAGAUACAGGAAUGGCCUUGGCCCAGUAAAAGAAGGUGAAGCACAAUAUGCUGUUGUCCAUUGCACUGGUUAUAUCAAGGCUUGGCCACCAGCAGGAAUGACUAUACCAGAAGAAGAUGCUGAUGUUGGACAAGGUAGUAAAUAUUGCCUCGUGGCAAUAGGAAGGCUUCAGGUAACCAGCUCUCCAGUGUGCAUGGACAUGAAUGGCAUGUCAGUCCCAACCGAGUUCUUGUCCAGACACAACUCCGAUGGAGUCAUCACCUUUGUCGACCCCAGAUGCAUCAGUGUCAUUGGCUACCAGCCCCAGGAUCUUUUGGGGAAAGACAUUUUAGAAUUCUGCCAUCCUGAAGAUCAAAGCCAUUUGAGAGAGAGUUUCCAACAGGUUGUGAAACUGAAAGGUCAAGUCCUGUCUGUGAUGUAUCGUUUUCGUACCAAAAACCGGGAAUGGAUGUUGAUCAGAACCAGCAGCUUCACAUUUCAGAAUCCUUAUUCUGAUGAGAUUGAAUACAUCAUCUGCACCAACACUAACGUCAAACAACUUCAGCAACAGCAAGCAGAACUUGAAGUACAUCAAAGAGAUGGGUUGUCAUCCUAUGACUUAUCUCAGGUGCCUGUUCCAAGUAUACCAGCUAAUGUUCAUGAGGGUGGAAAGUCUGUCGAAAAGCCAGAUGCUAUCUUCUCCCAAGAGAGAGAUCCUAGAUUUGCUGAGAUGUUUGCUGGAAUUGCUGCUUCAGAUAAAAAAAUGAUGGCCUCAGCAUCCACAGCAGGAAACCAGCAGCUUUAUUCGCAAGGAAGUCCGUUUCAGCCAGGACAUUCAGGAAAGACUUUCAGUUCAUCCGUGGUACAUGUGCCUGGCGUGAACGACAUCCAGUCAUCCUCAUCCACAGGCCAGAAUCUGACACAGAUAUCUCGCCAGCUAAAUCAGAGUCAGGUUGCCUGGACAGGAAAUCGUCCACCUUUUCCAGGACAGCAAAUUCCGUCUCAGUCUGGCAAGGCUCAGUCAUCACCCUUCGGAAUUGGAACAAGUCACACUUAUCCAGCUGAUCCAUCAUCAUACAGCCCUCUUUCUAGCCCCGCCACCUCUUCUCCAAGUGGGAAUGCCUACUCCAGCUUAGCAAACCGAAGUGCAGGCUUUGCCGAAGGCGCUCAGAGCAGCGGCCAGUUCCAGGGGAGACCCUCUGAAGUCUGGUCCCAGUGGCAGAGCCAGCAUCACAACCAGCAAAGCGGCGACCAGCACUCGCACCCGCAGCCCAGUCAGACCGAGGUGUUCCAGGACAUGCUGCCAAUGCCGGGGGAUCCAACGCAGGGUACUGGCAAUUACAACAUUGAAGAUUUUGCUGAUCUGGGCAUGUUUCCACCAUUUUCUGAGUAGCUUGUGAAGCAAAAUGAAGUUCUUCUCCAAGGCCAUUUUGGUGUAAUUUUGACUCUGCUUUUAUUAUGUUGCAUUUCUGUAGAAGCUACUAAAACAGAAAUCACAUUUCUCAUAAAUCAGAUAGUGGUGUAGGGCUUGCUCUCUCCUCCUUGGGUGCAUAAGUGCCAAAAGAGGAGUUCCAGCAUUUGUUGGUGUUCAUUGACAGCUCCUUUUUUCAUUUUUUUUAUUUUAUUGUCAUCUACCUCAGAGAUGAGAAAACUUUGCCUGAUUAAAAAAAAAAAA